GUGGCGGGUGAUACCCAAGAAGGGGCCACAGCCGCCUCCUUAUCCGCCGCCAGCAUCAAUGAUGCCGCCAGUGCCAGCUCCUGCGACUGGCACCUUUUGCAGUGGUGAUGGUGGUGCGAAAAAACGACUGCCUGGGACGGAGGAUGCAGAAGCUGCUGCGAAAAGGCGGAAGGCCGCCGAGGAGGCUACUACUACAGCUGCUGGGGCGGCGAAGAAAGCUGCCGAGGAGGCUACUACUACACCACCAGCUGGGGCGGCGAAGAAAGCUGCCGAUGAUGCUUCUUCCCAGACGGAGCCGGAGACAGACGAGGAGGACGAUAGGACGGUGUGCAAUGAGGAUAGUGCACCGGCCGAAGACGAUGACAACAAGACAAUCUUCGGCGAAGACGAGGAUUUGUCGGAGCUCGACCGU